UUGAUAUAACCCCGACCACUCUUAUAGCAAUCCCAUUAUUAACCGAAAAAAAAGAGUCUCCUUUUAUUCAAUGGGUCAUUGAGAUUUGAGCAAAAGGGGAGCUGGGUUUUGCAGCUUGUGGGAGAUGGGUUCCUCUUCUCCUCUCUCUGUGAGCUUCGUGCUCCUCCAUUUCGUAGCAGUGGUGGUGGGUUUGAAGCCCACUGUGGUGAACAUUGGGGCUCUGUUCACCUUCAAUUCGACGAUCGGGGCCGUGGCGAGGACCGCGAUAGAGCUCGCGGUGGAGGACGUUAAUGGGGACCGAGGAGUCCUCGCGGGGACGAAGCUUAAUGUGAUCACGCAGGAUACGAAUUGCAGUGGGUUUCUGGGAACCAUAGAAGCCUUACAAUUGAUGGAAAAUGAAGUCGUCGCCGUGUUAGGUCCACAAUCAUCAGGCAUUGCCCAUGUGGUCUCUCAUGUCGUUAAUGAACUCCACGUUCCACUUCUUUCUUUUGCGGCCACCGACCCAACUCUUGCUUCCCUCCAAUACCCUUAUUUUGUCCGAGUCACUCAAGAUGAUUCAUUUCAAAUGAAUGCAAUUGCCGAUAUAAUCAGUUACUACGGAUGGAGAGAAGUUAUUGCCAUUUAUGUAGAUGAUGAUUAUGGGAGAGGAGGGAUCACUGCAUUAGGUGACGCCCUCGCAAACCGGCGAGCUGAUAUAAGCUACAAAGCCGUGUUCCCUCCCAAUGCAGAUUUAAGCGUCAUCAAUGACUUGUUGGUACAAGUGAAUUUGAUGGAAUCACGAGUCUAUGUUGUUCAUGUGAACCCUGACUCGGGCCUUAAUGUUUUCUCUAUCGCAAAAUCUCUUGGAAUGAUGGGUAGUGGGUAUGUGUGGAUAGCAACUGAUUGGCUCGCUUCAGUUUUAGAUUCAUCUCAACCGUCAAAUCCCGGCAUGAUGAACCUUAUACAGGGGGCCAUUGUUCUUCGCCAACAUACUGCUGAUUCUGAUCUCAAAAGAUCAUUAGUUUCUCGAUGGAAUAAUUUGGUCCGAACGGGGAAUGCCACUGCAAACCUGAACAGUUACGGGCUGUAUGCAUAUGAUUCGGUUUGGUUAGCUGCCCGUGCGAUUGACCAGUUCUUGAAUGAAGGACAAGUAAUUUCUUUCUCCAGUGAUCCGAGGAUUCAUGAUGCAAAUGGAAGUAACCUUCAUUUAAGUUCACUUAGAUACUUUGAUGGAGGUCAGAAUUUGUUAGGGAAAGUGCUUCAAACGAAUUUCAAAGGUGUUACCGGCCAAGUUCAAUUUAGUCCCGAUAAGAAAUUAAUCCAUCCUGCGUAUGAUAUCUUAAAUAUUGGCGGUACAGGUUUUCGGAGAAUAGGGUAUUGGUCAAACUACUCGGGCCUCUCUGUUACUGCUCCUGAAAGUUUGUAUGGAAGGCCGUUAAACUCUUCUCAAAGUAACGAACAGCUAUACAGUGUAAUAUGGCCCGGUGAAACAACGACGAAGCCACGUGGUUGGGUAUUUCCAAACAAUGGGAAACCUCUAAAAAUUGGGGUCCCUUAUCGAACGAGCUACAAGGAAUUCGUUUCAAAGGAUAGUGGUCCUGAUGGUGUUAAGGGGUAUUGUAUUGAUGUGUUUAAAGCUGCAGUUAACUUAUUACCUUACCCUGUUCCAUGCGAAUUCAUUCUGUUCGGAGAUGGUUCUAAGAAUCCCAACUACAACGAACUUGUUCAGAAGGUUGCUGAUAAUUACUUUGAUGCUGCUGUUGGUGACAUUGCCAUCGUGACAAACAGAACGAGGAUUGUGGACUUCACACAACCAUAUACUGAAUCAGGGCUUAUUAUUGUUGCUUCUGUGAAAGAGAGAAACUCAAGUGCUUGGGCUUUUAUGAAGCCAUUCACAAUAUCGAUGUGGUGCGUCACGGGGAUUUUCUUUCUAUUUGUGGGAGCAGUCGUGUGGAUUCUUGAGCAUCGUACUAAUAAAGAGUUUCGUGGAUCUCCAAAGCAACAACUUGUAACAAUAUUCUGGUUUAGUUUCUCGACAAUGUUUUUCGCACACAGAGAGAACACUGUGAGCACCCUUGGACGAUUCGUGCUCAUCAUAUGGCUCUUUGUUGUAUUAAUCAUCAAUUCAAGCUACACCGCGAGCCUCACAUCUAUCCUUACAGUUCAGCAACUUUCCUCUCGAAUCGAAGGACUCGACAGCUUGAUCUCUAGCUCUGAUCCUAUUGGCUACCAAGUUGGAUCAUUUGCGAAAAACUACCUCAUGGAAGAGCUAAAUAUCGCUGAGUCGAGAUUGGUUUCUCUAAAUAACCCAGAAGCUUAUGCGAGAGCUUUAGAUCUCGGGCCAAAAGACGGGGGUGUAGCUGCAGUAGUAGAUGAGCUUCCAUAUGUUGAGCUUUUCUUGGCCAAGUACUGCAACUACAGGACAGUGGGUCAAGAGUUCACAAAGAGUGGGUGGGGCUUCGCCUUUCCAAGAGACUCUCCUCUUGCGGUUGACUUGUCGACAGCCAUCCUGACACUCUCAGAGAACGGCGAUCUACAAAGAAUUCACGACAAGUGGUUGACCAGCACAGGGUGCAGCUCGCAGGACGCCCAAGUCGAUUCGAACCGGUUAAGUCUCGAGAGCUUCUGGGGCCUCUUCCUUGUAUGCGGCGUCGCAUGUUUGAUAGCUCUCAUAAUCUUCUUCUUCAGAAUACUUUGUCAGUAUAGCAAGUACAGUAGCCAUGACGAAGUCGAGCGCUGCGAAUCGCAGGGAGGAAGUAGCAGAGGAUUGGCAAGAUUAACGAGCAUCAAGGAAUUACUCUCUUUUGUCGAUAAGAAGGAAGAAGAGAUUAAGAAUGCAAUCAGGAGAAAAUCAAUCGAUAGACAGCAACAAGUCGAGAACAGCUCAACUGGGCAAUCCCCGUCGCCUGCAUAGUAAUGAGAUAUUCCUUACCUCAUUGCAAUUUGAAAGCAAACAUUUUCAAAUUUAGCAACCAAAGGUGAAUGUUUAUUUUUUCCGGACAACAUAUGCUGGGAUUAAUCCGCAAACAAAGGGAGCAACAGCAACAAUCUGUACUUGCUUCGACAUUGCGCGAUGUAAAAGUUAAAACAGACGUAUAUACGGAGUUGGUAGGUAUUAAGCUUUUGAGCAAACUGAAAUGUGUAACAGCUUGUUAGUGUAAGCUAGUUUUUCGUGUAUUCUAUCAUUUUCUGUGAUUGAAUAAACCACAAGAUGUAUAUGAAUUUUGUUGGUUAGAUUAACUAAAAUGUUGUACAUCUCUUGCUGCA